AUAUCCACUUUAUCCCAUUAUGACUCCACGAUUUUGUAAUAUACUGCCAUGCGCAUCAAACAUGUUUUACACAUUUGGUACUAACACGCUGAUCAAGCGAUAUAUCUCUAAUUUGUACAACCGUCGCGCAAUAUACACAGUAGGCCGUCUUCCGGCAAAACUUACAUCUAGAAGAUAUAUGAACACACAGUCAGCUGAUACAGAAGAUGUAGGACCUGUAGCACAAGGACCAAAAGACACUUUACUAAUGCUCGGAUACUCCAUUAAGGAAGAUGAAAUGGAGAAACAUGUCCACGCACUGAAGGAAACAGUUAAACUAAAAUUGAUGACGUUAAGCUACUACACCCCUGAUAUGGCACAAAGCUUCACAGAUCUCGCAAUGGCGCAACACCAAUCGGUGCAAUUUAUAAACGAAUCCAAGGAGAAUUACAUGAAGGCAUUAGACAUCUGGACUAAGUUAAAAGGUCCACAAAGCAGAGAAGUAGCCAAUAUGCUCUGCCUUAUAGGGGUAGUCCUCCGGGAUUUAGGUGACUUAACUGCCGCAAAGUCUGCCUUCAAAGAUUCGAUAGAAAUUGACAAUAAAAUUGGUACAACGGAGAGCCAACUGUCAAGUGUACUUGCGUUGAAUAACCUCGCCGGUAUCGAGCAUUUAAGCGGAAAUGCUGCAGAGGCAGCAGAUAUAUAUGAAGACGCCGUGAGAAUCAUACUAACUGCGACCGGAGGUGACCCGAACCACCGAAUGAUAGCUUUGUUAUACUAUAAUCUAGCAUGCUGCCAUAACUACCUAGGAGAUAAGGUAGCUACCGAGAUUUCACUAACAAGAGCACGAGAAAUCAUCGCUACAAUAGGAGAUACACAGAGAAUUGGAGAUCGUAUACAAUAUAUGCUGGAUGAACUAUGGUCGGAAAAAGAAAAGGUCUAGAAUAUAUAUUUACGAGUGUUUCACAUCGAUAGAAA